AGUUUUGGGAUUAGCAUGAUACCUGUACGUAACAAAAGGCAACUCAGCUCUGAACUCUGAAACUCUCAACGACAAAACAUAACACCAAGCCAUCGUUGAGACCCAUCCAAUUUCCGAACUAGAAAGUUGGAACUCUGGCACACAUGGCUACUGCAAUUGCCUUCUUUACUCGUGGAACAAGACUGGGUUCUUCUCUUGCGAAGAGCCGCUUUUUUUGUUCUUAUCAGAACGCAAUUCAACAGCAACAAGAAGAAAAACCACAACUUGGCGGUGGCAAGUCCCUGAAUUUAUACUCCGCCAUCAAUCAGGCUCUUCACAUCGCCUUGGAAACCGAUUCCCGUGCAUAUGUAUUUGGGGAAGAUGUGAGCUUUGGUGGAGUCUUCCGUUGCACAACGGGAUUAGCAGAUCGGUUUGGUAAAAGCCGGGUUUUCAAUACCCCUCUUUGUGAACAGGGAAUUGUUGGAUUUGGCAUUGGUCUGGCAGCCAUGGGAAAUCGAGCCAUUGCAGAAAUUCAAUUUGCAGAUUAUAUUUUUCCUGCUUUUGACCAGAUUGUCAAUGAAGCUGCAAAAUUUAGAUAUAGGAGUGGAAAUCAAUUUAAUUGUGGAGGAUUAACAAUAAGAGCACCUUAUGGAGCUGUGGGCCAUGGUGGGCAUUAUCACUCACAAUCACCCGAAGCUUUCUUUUGUCAUGUUCCCGGUAUCAAAGUGGUCAUCCCUCGAAGCCCACGACAAGCAAAAGGAUUAUUGUUGUCAUGUAUUCGAGAUCCAAAUCCUAUUGUCUUUUUCGAGCCAAAGUGGCUCUACCGGUUGUCAGUAGAAGAGGUUCCAGAGGAUGACUAUAUGUUGCCUUUAUCUGAGGCAGAGGUGAUUCGAGAGGGCAGUGACAUAACACUUGUUGGCUGGGGAGCUCAACUUGCUAUCAUGGAGCAAGCCUGCAUUGAGGCUGAAAAGGAUGGAAUUUCUUGUGAACUGAUAGACCUUAAAACUCUUAUACCUUGGGAUAAGGAGACAGUGGAGGCCUCUGUCAAAAAAACUGGACGACUUCUUAUAAGCCAUGAAGCUCCAGUGACUGGAGGUUUUGGUGCUGAAAUCGCUGCUUCUAUCCUCGAUCGCUGCUUCUUAAGAUUAGAAGCUCCUGUUGCUAGAGUUUGCGGUCUAGACACCCCAUUUCCUCUUGUUUUUGAACCCUUCUACAUGCCUACCAAGAACAAAGUAUUGGAUGCAAUCAAGUCAACUGUAAAUUACUGAACCAACUCAGCUUCUUAUAGCUGCUCUCAAUUAUCACCAUUGUCCAUUUAGUAGUGGUGCAGUCAGUCCAAUAAGUCCAGAUAACUUUGCAGGAGUUGUUUAUUAACAACUAGAUUGACUCAACACCCUACUUGUAAACUUAUUUGAAUUCUACUAUUUUAUAUAUAAGAGAUCUUCCAUUUCUAUA